ACGCGACUCCCACGGUGAGUUCACUCGAGAAUCCUCCGCUUGGGGACCGUCAUCUGGUGUCCCCAGCGUGGCGGCGGCGGGGAUGCGCACUCAGCCGCACAGAGCAGGGCAGGUCCCAGCCUCAGAGUGUACCCCAAGGAGGCAGAGGGGUGAAGCCCUCGGCUCCAGGACCAUCUCCUUGAAUUCCUGCAGCACAAGCCCAUAUGAGUGACACUCCUGCUGUGAAUCUUCUGUCUGUGGGCCCCCUCUGCUGUCAGUUGUUGAGCUGAAAGCCAUCCUCCAUCACCAUCAGGAGGCCAGAUGGCAGUACUGAGAAGUUUUAUCCCAAGGAGCACAUUUCUGACCAUUUGGAAUCACAGGCAGUAAUACCAGACAAUUGUGCUGGUGACGUUUCUCGGUCUUCAAAGUUUGGAGGGCUCUGUGAUGAAAUAGUAGGAAGAAACUGGAAUGUCUUUGAAGGUGAGAGCCUGGUACAGCCCCUCUACUGGGAGGGAAAUGUCACACUAGUGACCAUGUUCCUUAAGGGCCCCUUAGGGGAGAAAGGUCUGAUUUGUAAUGGUUUUGACAAAAACUUCAGUUUGAGCCCGAGUCCAUUAGUGUGUCAGGGAAUCUCUACAGAAGAGAGGCCUCAUCCAUGCUGCUCUCCAGAGAACUUUCAGCACAGUUCAGACCUAACUGGCCAGGAGGGGCUUCCUGCACUUGAAAGCUCAUUCAUAUGUACUGGGUGUGGGACAACAUUCAGAGGAAACCUUGACCUUGUUCAGCAUCAGAGAGCCAACGUUGGAGAAAAGUCUUUUAUGUGUUCUGAAUGCGGAAAAGCCAUUAGCCAGAACUCUGUUCUUAAAAAACACUGGCAAUCUUACCAAAAUGUGAAACCCUGCCAGCGUGGCAAGUGUGUGAAAGUCUUUCAGGGGCAUAAAGACUUUGCAAGGGAUCAGGUUCACCAUGACAAUGAGUCUUAUGUGUGUAAGGAAUGUGGGAAAGCCUUCAGCCAUAACUCAAGCCUUAAAAAACACCAGAAGUCUCACAUGGUUGAAAAGCCUUAUGAAUGCAGUGAAUGUGGAAAGGCUUUUAGGCGGAGCUCAAACCUCGUCCAACAUCAAAGAAUCCAUUCUGAAGAAAAACCAUAUAUAUGCAACCGGUGUGGGAAAGCCUUCAGGCGGAAUUCAAACCUCAUUAAACACCACAGGGUUCACACAGGUGAGAAGCCUUUCGAGUGCAAUGACUGUGGUAAAGCCUUUAGUCAGAGUGCACACCUCCAGAAGCAUCAGAGGAUUCAUACUGGAGAGAAACCGUAUGAGUGUAAUGAUUGUGGCAGGUCGUUCAGUCGAAUCUCAAACCUCGUUAAGCAUCACAGGGUUCAUACUGGAGAGAAACCUUACCAGUGCAAUGACUGUGGGAAAGCAUUUAGCCAGAGUUCUAGUCUUCUUCAGCAUCGGAGAAUUCACACUGGAGAGAAGCCUCAUGUGUGCAGUGUGUGUGGGAAAGCCUUUAGUUACAGCUCUGUGCUCAGGAAGCACCAAAUAAUUCACACGGGAGAGAAGCCAUACAGGUGCAGUAUCUGUGGGAAGGCCUUCAGCCACAGUUCAGCCCUCCUCCAGCAUCAAGGUGUGCACACUGGAGACAAGCCCUAUAAGUGCCACGAAUGUGGAAAGACCUUCAGUCGAAGUUCCAACCUCAUCCUUCACCAUCGAGUCCACACUGGAGAAAAACCUUAUGAAUGUACUGAGUGUGGGAAAACCUUCAGCCAGAGUUCAACGCUCAUUCAGCACCGGAGGAUUCACAAUGGGUUAAAACCUCAUGAAUGUGGCCAAUGUGGCAAAGCCUUCAACCGAAGUUCAAAUCUUAUCCACCACCAGAAAGUUCACACUGGGGAGAAGCCCUACACAUGUGUCGAAUGUGGUAAGGGCUUCAGCCAGAGCUCACAUCUCAUUCAACAUCAAAUAAUCCACACUGGAGAGAGGCCCUAUCAGUGCAGUGAGUGUGGAAAAGCCUUUAAUCAGCGCUCAGUGCUCAUCCAGCACCAAAGGACUCACACUGGUGUGAAGCCCUAUGACUGCUCUACUUGUGGGAAAGCUUUCAGCCAGCGGUCAAAGUUGGUUAAGCACCAGUUAAUUCACACAAAGGAGUAGCCUGGAGUCUGGGAAGAGUAGAGCUGGGCCACGGUUCCUCUCAGACUCUUCUGGCCCUUGUCUCAGCCUUCCCCUUCCUAGACUUGAAGCCAGGCUCACUGUGUUUAUACCCAGCUGCCACAAGGCCUAGAGCCCUCCUUUAAACAACCUUUGAGGCUCUCUUCUGCUGUCGCUGCUGACUCAUGUGACCUCUUAUUUGCAUUUUGUUGAUUUGAUGGUUUGAAACAUACUCAGGUUGGUUAGAAGGAAAAGAUGACAAAGGUUUCAUGUUCACAGUUUGUUAUUGUAAUCAAAAGGUACAAAAAGGUAGUGUGACCUUUAGCUGAAAAUAACCUCAGUAAUUUUUUCAUUUAGCAAUUAGUCAUAGAGAGUGACCUCUGAUUUAGUGUUUAUUAAUGAUAUUUUGUUUACAUAAGACCAACAUGAGGGUUUUUCAAGUCCAGUUGCCAUCUUCCCUGGAGAUAUUACUCCGCUUCCUUUCCCUCCCGCCCUGUAUCUUACACCAGAUCUUCCUGUUGUCCUGUUUUUAUUCAUAUCUUUAGUCAGGUUAGCUUCUUCAUCCUUAUUGCUCUGCUGUGCCUCAAGCCCAAUCCCCCAGCUUUUGUUGGUCUUGGAGCAGGACCUCAGAAGCCACUUUUUUCAUAGCUUUCUUUUUUUCUUUUGUUUUGUUUUUCGAGACAGAGUUUCUCUGUGUAACAGUCCUGGCUGUCCUGGAACUUGCUUUGUAGACCAGAUUGGCCUCAAACUCAGAGAUCCGCCUGCCACCAUUGCAGGCUUCAAAGCUUUCUUGAUCUCUUCACACAUGUGUUCAGUAUCAUUUUGGAGUACUUUCUGUUCAGUCUUAGGCAACCAGAUGUCCAGAAAUGAGCUCACACUGGAUUAUAGAACUUCUGCUGGUUAGAUAAAAGCUAACAUUCCUUAGGAACUUGUGAAACCAUUUCCCAUCUGCUACAAGGAGUCAUUUCCCUUACCUCUGGCAGGAAGAACAUAUGUCUUGAAAUUGGCAUGUACCUGUGGCUGCAUAUCAAAGCCCAUGCCACCUCCCGGGUCCCUCAGUCCCUACUCAGCAAGUAGUUGUGAGACAUUUCAAAGCCCAGCUCUCUAAUUCUCCUGACUCCUGGCAUUCUCAUUAUUCCCUGUCCUCCCUAUGCUCUAUUCUCUCUCUUGCUACCUCCCUGUCUCCACCAUUCUCUCCCGCUCUCCCACUUCCCUACACUGGCCAUGUCCAGGCUGCUCUCUCUCUCUCUCACUUCUCAACUCCUCCAGAUGUCUCUGAAUAUUUUGUAUCUUACGCACAAUAAAAUCCCUACGCCUAAUAAUGGAGCUGUCACAUUGGCAGGUUCUUUAUUGUGCCCCCUUGCAUACAUCUGAUACUGAAACCCUUCGCAAACUGGACUAUAGGAUGGUUUCUGGAUAUUUGGACUGCCUGAGACCCAACACUUUCUGGUACUCACACACACACACACACACACACACACACACACACAGGAUACUAGCUCACUAACCUCUUCAGUUUCCCAGAGGAAAAUUGUGCCUCUAUGCUCUGAGCAGGGAGAAAGCUCAAGCACAAACAUAUCUGUCCCCAGAGAGGUCAUAAGUAUCAGCUACUAGCUAGACAGAGUGUCACAGGACACACCCACAACCAGACCAAAUCCAUCCUCUUUAUCGGGACACACCGAUGCCCAUUUGCUUACAAAUGUCCAGCAGCUUUUGCAUGACAGAAUUGAGUGUUGUCAUAGAUACCAUAUGCCCCACAAAAGCUAAAGUUUUCACUUUCUGAACCUUUUCAGAAAGUUAGCCUGCUUUGCCAUAAGACAAUGGAUGCCUUGUUAUCACAGGGGGCUCUCAAGGUCAGGCUUUGAAGAGAGGCUCAACGUUCUUGCAGGAAGGAAUUGAAAUAUUUUGUGACUAGAAAUCUAAUCAAUAUGUGGUGUAUUUGCCUGAGAACGAUGAGACUCUGUCCUUGUUAGGGUUACUCUUGCUGUGAUGAAACACCAUGACCAAAAGCAAGUUGGGAAGAAACGGGUUUAUUUGGCUUUACUUCCACAUCCAUCAUUGAAGUCGAUCACUGUAGGAAGUGAGGGCAGGAACUCAAACAUGGCAGAAACCUGGAGGUAGGAGGUGAUGCAGAGGCCAUGGAGGAGUGCUGCUUACUGGUUCAGCCUGCUUGCUUGCUUUCUGUCUUUCUUUCCCAUAUCAUUCACUAAGAUAAUGCCCUUCAGGCUUGUCUAACUUCCAAGUUUCUCCACUGUGAAGUUAUUAUUUUCCUUUUUAACUACCAUAGACAAUGUUUCUCAUCAAUAUCUACCUUAUUUGUAUCUCAUCAUGAUUCUUCUAAUUCUAUUACCAAAGAAAGAGUUUCACCUUCUCCAUGUAUUUAUCAGUUUAUUCAGUAUGGGUUCAUUAAUUCCUAUUUGUUUAGUGAGUAUGUAAUUCUCAUUAUGUAUUGUGAUACUCAGAUGGUCCCAGAUUUGACCAGUAGAAACUUGUUCUUCAUACUACUUCAGAGUCCUGUACAUAUCUUGUUAUCUUUUGGCCUUUCCUUUGCUUUCUGGCAUGGCAAGCUAUUCCAAGUUCAUCCUAUAUGCUCCUUUCCCCAUGUGCAGUGAGUCCUUUUCCCCUGGACUUCCUCAUCCCUGUUGUGAACAAGGUAUUUUAGAAAGCAAGAUCUAAGUGCUUGUUAGAAAGUUUCUAGGAUCUCACAACAGACCACUCAUCGGAGAGCUAGGAAUUAGAUGAGUGUGCAUGAAUGCCAUCUUUUUUUUUUUUUUAAAGAUUUAUUUAUUAUGUAUACAGUAUUCUGCUUGCAUGUAUCUCUUCAGGCCAGAAGAGGGUACCAGAUCUCAUUAUAAAUGGCUGUGAGCCACCAUGUGGUUGCUGGGAAUUGAACUCAGAAUCUCUGAAAGAGCAGGCAGUGCUCUUAACCUCUGAGCCAUCUCUCCAGCCCCAUAAAUGGCAACUCUCUUACCAGUCAGUAUAUCAGAAGACAACAGUCCAACACCAAAGCUCACUCCACUCUUCCUAUUUUCUAUAUUAGUUUUUUAAAUAUUUAUUUAUUUUAUGUAUAUGAGUGAUCUGUCUUCAUGCACACCAAAAGAGUGAAUCAGAUCCCAUUACAGUUGGUAUGAGCCACCAUGUGGUUGCUGAGAAUUGAACUCAGAACCUCUAGAAGAGCAGCCAUUGCUCUUAAUCAAUGAUCCGUUUCUCCAGCCCUUUUUUCCUUCUUUCUAUAUUUGUAACUGCAUUCUCAUUUUAACAGAAAUACAUUCUUAGUAUCUUCA